CAAUUUGUCCUAAAUGUCCAGUUCAAAGUGAAGUACGUGUUGAGGAAAUUGAGAUAACACCUAAAUGUAAAAAAACAACCAAGCAAUUUAAAGAUUCUCAAAAAUUUAAAAAACUUGUUAAUGAGCUAUUGAAUAAGGUAACUGCACGAAACACUACACAACCGCAUCAUGAGUCCAACACUAGAUCAUCUAUUAAUUUAAAUGAUCUUAAUAAAAACAUUUCUAUUGCUGAAGAAAAUAAUAAUAAAUCAAUUUAUGAG